GUGAUCAUGGCGGCGCUGGACAAGCCGCGCGACAUCACGUACAAGGGCGCCACGGACCUCGUCACCAACACGGACCGCGAGAGCGAGGAGGCGGUGGUGGAGGAGAUCCUGCGGCGCUUCCCGACGCAUUUGCUGCUGGGGGAGGAGGGCGGAGUCAUUGGGGACUCCGCCUCGCCCUUCCUCUGGUGUGUCGACCCCCUCGACGGCACGACCAACUUCGCCCACGGGUACCCGUCUUUCGCCACCUCGGUCGCCGUGCUCUUCCGAGGCAAACCCGUCGCCGCCUGUGUCGUGGAGUUUGCAGGAGGGCCGCACUGCUGGGUCACACGCACCUUCACUGCUUCCUCAGGCGGAGGAGCCUUCUGCAACGGCCAUCCCAUCCAUGCCAGCACCACCGCCAAGGUGGAGCAAUCGCUGCUGGUGACGGGGUUUGGGUACGAGCACGAUGCUGCGUGGGCCGCUAACAUCGACCUCUUCAAGCACUUCACAGACGUCAGCAGGGGGGUGCGGCGGCUGGGAGCAGCAGCGGUGGACAUGUGUCAUGUGGCGCUGGGAGUGGUGGACGCCUUCUGGGAGUUCCGCCUCAAGCCCUGGGACAUGGCUGCUGGCGUCCUCAUAGCAGAGGAGGCGGGUGCGCAGGUGACGUGCAUGGACGGGGGGGACUUCUCUGUCUUUGACCGCUCCGUGCUCAUCACCAACGGCCCCCUGCACGACCAGAUGCUGGCAACUAUCGCGCCGACCACCAUGGGGCUCAUCGCGGAUGGCUUUGACUUCUCCCAUUGGUUCAAGCCUGCAGACUAUGAAUCUGAUGUCUAG